UCCUCUGCCACCUUUGUGGUCUUCUUUCCAUCUUCAUCUCCUCAACAGGCGGUACUGUGGUAUCAAGCCACCUCGAAAACAUAAUACGGAAUUACAGCGAACCCCCCACUUCUUGUCCACUCCUCAGGGUUACUCUGGCCAAUUAACCUUACUUGUCUGCGCCAAAGUGUUCCAUUACCCGUUUCCGCUGGGGCAAACUAUGGUAGUGAUUAUUGCUUCGGCCCAAUCAGACAGCUCUCGCCCUCGUCUUACGAGAGGCCAAGGACUGAUCAUAUGGGCUGCGCCCUCAACCAAAUUCUUAUGCCGGUACUUUCAAGGCUCACGUGUAUUGCGUACUACAACAGGUACUCUUUGCUUUCUCGCUUAAGCGUGCUAUUACCAAAACACAGACCCCUGCCGCCUUGUUUGCAAGCAUCUUCAGCUAUUCCGCUCCUCUCCUCUUUUGCUCCUCAUCCCCCUCUUUCGUGCUGCGUCUUUUCCAUCCUAAACAUUGUUUUUACUUGCGCCUUGGAGUUGUGCUUCACCUUCUCGCCUUCACCCGAUGCGUCUGCCGUAAGGAAUCAACGACGCGUACACUCACUUAGUAUACAACAUGAGUACACCUACGCCUUUUCGUUUGCUCUGCCGAGCAGUGCCCAAGAAAACGUGUGUUCGACCAGCUCAGUGCCCAUCCGCGCGCCAGGCUCUGCAUACUUUCAAAACCAACUUCACCUCAUCAGUACCUAAAACACCUAAAGCCAGAACCCGAUUCCCUUUCCACAACGCCCUAUUAGUUGGUGCCGGUAUUGGGUCAUUCUGUAUCGGAAUAUCAUUAUCUCCCCAGGCUUCCUUCGAUGCACCUAGCGUACUAUUCCCAUUUAACGGCGUCUUCAGAGAGACAGAGGAGGUGCGAAAGCUCGCUGAUAACCGGGAUCACGCACUUCCUCGGUUCCGUCUAUCAGAAGUCAAAGAACACGAUGGUAAAUCGAAACACCCAUGGGUGACUCGAGGAGAUAAAGUAUACGAUAUUACCGACUGGGUGGCUGCCCAUCCUGGAGGAAAGAUUAUACUGACUGCCGCUGGUGGCUCCAUUGACCGAUACUGGGACCUCUUCGCCAUCCACAAGCAACAAUAUGUUUAUGAUAUUCUUGAGCAAUACCUCAUUGGAUAUGUUCACUCAGCAGAUCUCAUCGAUGGCAAGCCCCCACAGGAUGCUAUCGAGGACCCUUUUGCACAGGACCCAGAACGAAACCCUGCAUUAAUUACACGAACAGCAACACCACGAAACGCCGAAACUCCAGGACAAGCCAUUAGCGAUAGUUUCCUCACGCCAAACGACCUCUUCUAUGUUCGAAACCACAUGUGGGUUCCCGUGGUGCCCGAGAAAGAGUCAGACGCAUACUGCCUUACUAUUGAGAUGCUUGACGGUACGACCAAGGAGUACACACUCAAGGACCUCAAAACCAAGUUCCCCAAGCGCCAAGUUACAGCUGUAUUACAAUGCUCUGGCAAUCGCCGCAGACACAUGAGCGAAGAUUCCGGACGAAAGACCAAUGGUCUCCCAUGGCAAGUCGGUGCCAUUUCCAACGCAUCUUGGGAGGGAGUUUCGCUAGCUGAUGUUCUUGCCGACGCCGGAUUCAAAAACGACGAGGCCAUGCUUGGAAGAAGUGAAGUGAAGCACGUACACUUUUCUGCUAUGGAGGCGUACGGUGCAUCUAUUCCUAUCAAGAAAGCAGUCGACCCGCAAGGCGACGUCCUUCUUGCAUACGGCAUGAAUGGCCAGACAUUACCCAGAGACCACGGAUUUCCUCUCCGCACCAUUGUCCCUGGCCAUGUGGCAGCACGAUCCGUCAAGUGGCUCUCGCACAUCACACUGAGUGAAGAAGAAAGCAUGAGCCAGUUCCAGCGACGCGACUACAAGUGCUUCGGCCCCAACGAGACGAAGGUUGAUUGGGAUGCCGCUCCCGCUAUCCAAGAAAUGCCCAUUCAAAGUGCAAUCACAACAGCGAAGUUAGACAAACCCAAGGUGGCUGCACCAUCAAAUGAUCAAGAAACGCCGAAGCCGACCCAAGAUUUGGACGUUAGCGGGUACGCCUUCUCUGGAGGCGGCCGUUCUAUUAUUCGAGUUGACAUCUCCGUCGAUAAUGGCAACUCAUGGUCCCAGGCGACAAUCCUUCCCGACCACAAAGACGAGAAUGCUCCAGAACGCGGCAGCGCCGACUGGGCAUGGAAGCGCUGGAAGUUCAACACAGCUCUGCCUCGCUCUGCCUUUACCGAGUACGAGAAGAAGGAUAUCGGCGACAACAUUAGUAAUGAAGAGCCGAAGAAGCGAUGCACUACAGUCGUGGUAAAGGCCACCGACGAGGUAUACAACACGCAGCCCGAUACGCAGGCCGCCAUUUGGAACGUGCGAGGAAACCUGGCCAACGCGUGGCACAGGAUGCAAGUCUGCACUGAGUGCGAGGAGGAAAAGAAGAAGACUACAGGAAAAAGCGCCUAGACCAGUACAUAUUACUACAAUAUAUUUUAUCCAGCCAUGCAUUUAUGUGCAGUGAGCACAGUCAUACGAGAUCCUUUUGUUGAAGAGCAUAUAAUAUAACAUUGAUCAUU